GCUGAUUGGCGUUUACUCGGAAAACCUCGUCCCCUUUGGCAAGCCAGUUUUGAUCAUGCAGAAAACUUUGAAUUAGAAAAUAAACAUACACGACUAGCUAGCCACGGAAAAUGAGCCCUACUUCGCUAUAAAUAAGCAAUCUUCCACUUCUGUCUACUGUAAACAGGUCUUGCCCCCCAGCCUUCUCUGAAGCGAUCCCUGUCCCUGUAGCAGUCUUCACACCACACGCACACACACGCACACACACGUACACACACGUACACACACGUACACACACGUACACACACGCACACACACGUACACACACGUACAGACACGUGGGCCUCUGGACGAGGAUGACAAUGGAAGAGAUGAAGAAUGAAGCGGAGACGACCUCAAUGGUUUCCAUGACACUCUACACUGUGAUGUACCCCGUCUUCCACGAGUUGGAGAGAGUGAACCUGUCGGCAGCACAGACCCUGAGGACAGCGUUUAUAAAGGCUGAGAAGGAGAACCCAGGGCUGACCCAGGACAUCAUCAUGAAGAUCCUGGAGAAGAAAAACAUGGAGGUCAACUUCAUCGAGUCACUACUACGCAUGGCUGCAGGCGAUGUGGAAGAGUUCAUGAUUGACAGGCCUGAGCAGGAGUUCCAGGACUUGAAUGACAAGGCCCGGGCACUCAAACACAUCCUCAGCAAGAUCCCGGACGAGAUCAACGACAGAGUACUCUUCUUACAGACCAUCAAAGAUAUCGCCAGCGCCAUAAAGGAACUCCUGGACACGGUCAACACUGUCUUCCGAAAAUACCAGUACCAGAACCGACGGGCACUGGAACACCAAAACAAAGAGUUUGUGAAAUACUCCAAGAGCUUCAGCGACACACUUAAAACCUACUUCAAAGAUGGAAAGGCGAUAAACGUGUUCGUCAGCGCCAAUAGGCUCAUCCACCAAACCAACCUAAUACUCCAGACCUUCAAGACCGUGACAUAGACUGGGGUUAACCACACCAACCUUUUAUCAGAGGACAGGAAACCCUUUGUGUACAAUGUUCAGAUUCUGUUUCUGGGACUGUAUCAUUUAUAAGUCUUGCUUCAAGAGGGAGAUAAUUUAGAGUUGCAGGCGGCCAGAUUAUAAUUAAAUUGCCAGAGAUUUUUUUUCCUUUUUUUGUUGUAUUUUUUUCCACCAGGAUCAUGCUAUCUCCACAGAGCAUCUCAUGUCAUGCUAUCUCCACAGAGCAUCUCAUGUCAUG